AUGGAAAAAAAAGAAGAUGAAGAUGAUAUUGAUGAUGCAAAUAUUGAAUACAAUCAAGAUAAAAAUGAAUUUCUCAUUUAUGAAAUAGGAAAUACUGAAGGUGAUAUUUUUGUUGAAAUGGGAAUAAAUACUCGAACUGAAAAAGUCGAACACUUUAAUGUUCCCAAAAUAAUACCAGACACAGAAUAUCAACAAAUGAUGAGAAAUCUUAAUAGUAAUCAAAGGAAAUAUACUCUAAACGUAAUGAAUUUGAUUAAAAAUGGUGAAAAUCAAUUUUUUCAUUUCAUCAAUGGAGGCGCAGGUGUUGGCAAAAGCACUCUAAUCAAAGCAGUGUAUCAAUCAAUACUAAGAUUUUAUAAUUCACUUCCGGGAUAUUAUCCAGAUAGUAUUCGGGCUGCACUAUGUGCACCAACUGGCAAAGCAGCAGCAUUAAUUGAUGGAAUGACUUUGCAUUCAUUUUUAAGUUUACCAGUAAAUCAAUGCAAACAUAAGCUUGUUCAACUAAAUAGCGAUGUUUCGAAUAGAAUUGGAGUCAAAUUAAAAGACUUACAAUUAUUAAUAAUAGACGAAAUAUCAAUGGUUGGUUUUACAAUGUUUCAACAAGUCGAUGCACGUUUGCAGCAAAUAAUGAGAACAAAGAAACCAUUUGGUGGAAUAUCAGUCAUAGUUUUAGGCGAUUUCAAUCAAUUAAGACCAGUUGGUGAUAAAUACAUAUUUCAGUUUAAUAAUUCAUAUAAUGCUUUAGUAGAUAGUCCAUUAUGGUCAUUAUUUGAAUUGUUUGAAUUAACAGAAAUUAUGAGACAAAGGGAUGAUAAGACUUUUGCCAUUGCAUUAAGUAAUAUAGCUAAAGGAACAAUGACAGAUGAAGAUAUUCAUCUGUUAAAGUCACGAAUUCUUUCAACUGAGAAUUUGGAAACGAUUGAAGAUGCCAUAAGGAUAUUCAGAAGCAAUGCUGAAGUUGAUGCAUACAAUACAAAAGUAUUGGCUAAUCUUAAUACUGAAGGUGCAACUGCCAAUGCAUAUGACUUUUGUAUUGGUGAUGGACUUGCAUCAUUAAAAGAAAAAGUGUUGAACAACGUAAAGAAUCUCAAAACAACUGAAACUUAUGGCUUACCACUUAAAAUCGAUUUGAAAGUGGGCGCUAAGUAUAUGUUGACAGUCAAUUCUGAUACUGAAGAUGGAUUAGUCAAUGGUGCUUGUGGAAAAUUAGUAAUGAUUGAUUACGGAAAACUUCAAAAAACUAAUGAAACAGUACCAUGUAGAAUAUGGAUUAAAUUCAAUGAAGAAAAAACUGGAAGAAAAGCUAGAGUCAAUUUUCACAAUGUAAUGCGUAAUAGAAAUAUUGAUUCUAGUCUUACACCAAUCGAACCAGUAAUACGUCAAAUAAAUACGAAGUCAACAAACUUCAAAGUAGAACGGAAGCAGUUUCCAAUAGUACCUUGUGAAGCUAUGACCAUAUACAAAAGUCAAGGCGGUACUUACGAAAAGGUUGUUGUCAAUUUGAAGAAGGGAAUGACAAGAUCUGAAUUAUAUGUUGCUUGUAGUCGUGCAAUAAAAGCAAGUGGUUUAUACUUAAUUGGAGGCUUCGUUCCACCGAAACCACCUGAACGUAAUGAUGCAGUGACGUUGAUGUUCAAAACUAUGAGAUCCGAGCGAAUGCUGAAAUUUUCGCUUGCAUUUCCUGAAGAAUCUGAAGAGAAAAAAUUUUCCAUUAUCUUUCAUAAUGUACAAUCAUUGAAUAAGCAUAUUUCAGAUGUU